CACAACAAUAUGGGAACUAGAUUAUUCACAAAGAACGAAAUAGAUCUCAUAUGAUGUAACUACGUUUUCACUCGGGAAUUAUAUUGAAUGCCCACCUCUUUGGUCAAGGAAAUUUGUCCAAGUGGAGUUGCCGUAAAGUCUAGGACGCAUGCGCAGUUGCGCCAGGGAGAAGCUGACGGCAUUCUACAGAGGAUUCUAUGGUGGAGGGUUCACUAUUUAGGGUGGAAUGGAUGAUGAUGGUCCAGAAGAGGCAUUGUCAGAGCUAAAGAGGAAACGGAUAGGAGGAUGGGGUCUUCUUCAGAUGGCAGGAGGGACUAUGCUAACAGCGUAUUCUGUUUGGGUCUUUCUUCUAAUGCCUGGCUUUAGAAAAGUGCCUUUAAAGCUACAGGUGCCUUAUAUGCCAGCAAGUGCCAAGCAAGUAACAAACGUGAUGAAGCUGCUAAAAGGCCGUUCUGGAAAAAUAGUGGAUCUGGGUUCUGGCGAUGGAAGAAUUGUAUUGGAAGCAGCAAAAUGUGGAUUCCGUCCUGCAAUUGGCUAUGAGCUAAAUCCUUGGUUGGUUUAUCUUUCCAACUUUUAUGCCUGGAGAGCUGGUUACCAUAGAAAGGUUUCAUACCAACGAAAGGAUCUUUGGAAGGUGAACCUAACUGACUGUGGAAGUGUUUCCAUAUUUCUUGCCCCUAGCGUGCUCUCAUUGUUGGAGUCUAAGUUACUAACAGAACUACCUGAUGAUGCACGAGUGGUGGCUGGACGCUUCCCUCUACCAACAUGGAAACCUAGUUCCAUCAUAGGAAAAGGUCAAGACAGAGUAUGGGCCUAUGAUAUAAGAACUAUAAGGAAAGGGUCUGAACAGUGAUAUUGAGGCUCGAAUUAUUGUCAAGACAAGUGUUUAGUGAUGUUGAGCUGUGUCUUCAAAACUAAUCUAAAUUAGAGGGGCAAUGCAAUGCAAAAAAAUAAAUAAAUUAGUAGCAGUAUAUACAUGAACCAGCCAAUAACCAGAUGGUCCUGCUAUUGAUUUGCACAGUGUUAUGGGUUUAAACCAUUUGCUACUGACACUAAUGCUAAAAUUUGAUGCCUCAAAGCAGUGUUUCCCAAACAUAGUCAUCAGGACCCUUAACAUGGUAUAAUGACCAUAUAUAAUUAUUUCUCAGUCUCUUUAUUAGAAUACAUUCAGAAAAUACAGGAUAUUUGUAUGCAGUAUUAAAAAAAAAUCAGAAAAAAAGGUUUUAUAGGCUAAAGUGGAAAGUAUUUAGUGUGACCUCCCUUUACACUUGAGAAAUAGCAGUAACCUGGCUCUCGUAAACCUAAAUGGAAUGGAACCCUAAUUAAUAUCAUUGCUAACACCUGUAUUUGUGCUACUAUUUUAUGUCAAAAUGACUGAUGUGAAAAGGUUUAUUACACCAGGUUUGUGCAAGAUAUGCUUGAGCAUUACAUACACAUGUGGUAUGAGUUUAAUUUAUUGGAAGCUUGCUAAUAAGACCAACUUUCAAUCACAUCAUUCCAUUCAAAAUGCCAAAGAUUACAGAAUUUGAUAGAAUCAUAAAAAUCAUAAAAUCAUACUUUUGCAUCAGCAAGGCCACUCUCAAAGGGAAAUCAGCAGACAAACUCGAUACUCAAUAUGUGGUAUUCAAGCUGUUAUAAAGAAAUUUGAAGAAUCAGGAAAGGUCAAGGACAAAAAAGUACUGGAAGGCCAUGAAAACUUUCAAAAUCUGAUGAGAAGUCUCUCAGAUUUUCUUCUUUGAGAGACCGGAAGAAGUCUAGCAAGGACCUGGCUCAGCAUCUGGCAGCUUCAUCAGGAUGCCAAGUUGACCCUUCUACAGUCCGAAGAAGCUUGAUCAGCCAAGCAGCUAAGAAACUACUUUUUCAGAAGGGGAACAGGGUGAAAAGUCUAAGAUAUGCUAAAGCUCACAAAGAUUGGAAUGAAGAUAAGAGAAAAAGGGUAUUAUGGAGUGACAAAUCCAAGUUUUAAAAUUCUGGGUCCAAUUGUGGACAAUAUGUGAGAAGAAGAGUUGGAGAGAGAUGGAAGAAUGAGUGCUUUUGGCCUUCAGUGAAACAUGGUGGAGGGUCUGUCCUGGUUUAGGGCUGCAUUUCUACAAGUGGUGUUGGCAAUAUCCGAAUUAAUGGGAUCAUGAAUGCUGGAAAGUACAGACAGGUUUUAAUUGAUCAUGCCAUUCCUUCUGGAAAGCACCUGAUUGGGAAUGGUUUUAUUUUUCAGCAUGAUUACGAUCCCAAGCACACUGCUAAUGCAGUGAAAUCAUAUUUGGAGAGAAAAACAGCUGAUAAAACACUGACCGUCAUGGACUGGCCUCCACAGAGUCCAGACCUAAAUAUUAUAGAGGCAGUAUGGGAUCACCUGGACAGAGAAAGAAAUAAAAGACAACCUAAAUCUAAAGUAGAGCUCUGAAAGAAGCCUGGCAUAAUAUACCAGAAGAUUACUUCAGAAAACUUCAGGACAGUUUCCCCAAAAGAGUUCAAGAUGUGCUUAGUGCCAAAGGAAGUCACACUAAAUACUGACUUUUGCCUGAAGAAGCCAUUUUGUUCUAAUAAUUAUUUUCUGUUUGUGUCUUAAUAAAGAGACCUAAAAAUAAAUAUGGAUGGUCAUUAAAACUUUGCCAAAACAACAAAUCUAAUGGUGGCCUAAGACUUUUGCACAGUAUUGUGUAUAUAUAUAAUAUAUAUAUAUAUAUAUAUAUAUAUAUAUAUAUAUAUAUAUAUAUAUAUAUAUACAUAUAUAUAUAAAUAUAUAUAUAUAUAUCAUCUAGAUGGUAAGUUCCCACUGGAAUAGGGCCCUCAAUUCCCCCUGUAUUUGUCUGUAAAAUUUUGUCUUUUUUUUGUACUGUUUCUCCAUUGUACUUUUUUUCCUUGUACCCAUGGGCAGAGCUGUGGAAUCUGUUGGUGCUUUAUAAAUAAAGAAUAAUAAUAAUAAA